GGUACCUAGUACAUUCAGCAUCAGCUCUUGGUUUGAAACUUACUCCAGGGAGUCUUUGUUAGAGCUUUCUGACCGAAGUACAUUUCUAAUCCCAAACAAUUACUUGCCCACCAACAUCAACCACAAAUUGGGUUUUAUUCCGAAUCCCACAUCACAUCCCCUCGUCCGUCCAUUACUCCGAUAAGAACAUAAGAACUUGGACAGAUCGAAUACCCAACCUCACCUUUACCAAGCCCAAACCUCACUUCUCUCUCUCCUUCCCUUCCUUCCCACCCAGCUACCUUCUCUCCCUCCCUCCCUCACCCAUCAGCCAUGGCAACACACUCUCACGACGGCGGGGCCGCACACUCGCACGACCAUUCCCAUGACCACUCAACCCAACUGCCCCCUCACGGGCACACGCACGAAAUCUACAAUGGCCCUGGCUCGUACCUCGAACGAGAAAUGCCCAUUGUUGACGGACGCGACUUCGCCGACCGAGCCUUCACCGUCGGAAUCGGUGGGCCCGUAGGAUCAGGCAAAACCGCACUUAUGCUUGAACUCUGCCUCGCCCUUCGAAAAGAAUACAACAUUGCCGCCGUGACCAACGACAUCUUCACACGCGAAGACGCAGAAUUCCUCACAAAACACGGCGCCUUAGCACCUGAACGAAUCGUCGCCAUUGAAACCGGUGGAUGUCCUCAUGCCGCCGUGCGAGAAGAUAUCUCGGCCAAUUUAUUGGCGUUACAGGGCCUGCAUGCGAAAUUUCAGACUGAUAUUCUUUUGAUUGAGAGUGGAGGGGAUAAUCUGGCGGCCAACUAUUCGCGGGAAUUGGCGGAUUUUAUCAUCUAUGUCAUUGAUGUGGCGGGAGGGGAUAAGGUGCCGAGAAAAGGAGGGCCGGGGAUUACAGGCAGUGAUUUAUUGGUUAUUAAUAAAUGUGAUUUGAGUGAAGCGGUCGGUGCGGAUGUGGAUUUGAUGGAGAGGGAGGCGAGGAAGAUUAGAGAGGGGGGACCGGUGGUGAGAGGAGUGAUAAAGCAUGGUGUGGGUGUUAAAGAGACGGUGGAUAUGGUGUUGAGUGCGUGGAAGAGUACAGAUGGAUAUAUCGAGAGUAGGAGGAGAUGGAGUAAAGGUGCGGUUAGGGGAAGUGGUGAGUCGCCUACUGUCAGUCGGUAUUCUCAUGUGCCUCAUGAUUGAGUUGGGUUAUAUAAAAGUUCAUGACAACACACCUCUAUAGUAUACUUCUGUAUACUUCUUAUAGACCUGCGGGGCAAGACGUCGCUCUAGAUAGCACAAAUGCGACCAAUCUAAAGAAAUGCGGAGACUCAAGCGCAGUUCAAGCACACUUAUUCACAUCA